AUGAGACGAGUUAUUAAAAACAUUGAAGCCAAGUUUUCUCUAUUCCCUGUUGGUCAGGGCAUCAUGUGGAUACUCCUUCUCUUCAUUCCGUUGGCGUUGUGCCAGCAACCCUGGGUGCCAUGCUCUGAACUAAACGACGACCUUCGCUAUCCCUGCCGCUGCAAAGUCCAGGUGGACAGAGCACUGCAACUACAGAUCCUCAUGAACUGUGACCAUGUUGUGUUCCCUGGAGAUUUUCCGCCGUUGCCCUAUGGGGCUCCAAUUGUAGCGUUCAGCCAACGGUGGGCGGGACAGCAAUCUUUGCCUACACAGAUAUUCUCCUCAUACGGUCUGCCAAUGAAAGAACUAGAUUUCUCCCAUAAUAGUCUAAGGCGGUUACCCGAUCGUCUUUUAUUUGGCAUCCGUGGCAACCUGACGAAGCUGGUGCUAUCUGACAAUCUUCUUGGAGACAACCUCAAUCCCAUAUUUUCAACCGCGGAACUGCAUAACUUACCAUCGUUGGAAGAAUUGGAUCUUAGUGGAAACAAUAUAAGGGGCUUGGAGGAAGGUCUGCUGAUUGGCUGUAAUGUUAUGAAGAUGUUACGUCUUGACCGAAAUAAUAUGAUCUCCAUACCAUCUUCCUCUCUCAACGGACCGCUUUCAUUAAAACUUCUCUCGCUCAGGGAAAACAGAAUAGCUCUGAUCCGUCAAGCGUCAUUCAUAUCACAGAAGACGAUCGAAGAAAUAGAUCUACACGGAAACAUGAUCUCGAGCAUAGAGGGCGGCGCGUUCGUUAGUUUAACCAACCUCCAAACUUUGGACUUAGGCCGUAACAAGCUUUCCAAGUUCAAUAGCGACGUGUUCCAAGGCAUAGAAAACUUGGAGAAGUUGGACCUUUCCGAAAACUUUAUUAGCGACUUCCCAACUGUCGCCCUCAAAGCCUUCACGGGCCUAAAACACUUGAAUCUGUCAAGUAACAUGAUCACGAACUUGGAUAGCAGCCAUCUCAAUUCUCUCUCUUCGCUGCAAGUUCUUGACUUGAGCCGCAAUAACAUUGUGAAACUAUCCCCGGGCACUUUUGUCGGUGUGAGCGACCUGCGUUAUUUGGAUAUUGGAGUCAACUCUUUGAGAACUGUGGAGGACGACGCGUUCGACGGUCUUGUAAAUCUUCAGACGCUGUUAUUACGAGAUAACAAUAUUCUUCUCAUCCCAGCUGUGGCCUUGUCUCGCCUCCCGAGUCUCACAUCAGUACACCUUGGCUUCAACCGCGUCACGGCGCUCUCGAGCGACAUCCUUCGGGCCGUAUCAGAUAGAAUCAACUCACUCGUCCUCUCAAGAAACGUUAUUAGAGAAUUGCCCCCGGCGGCAUUCGAUCACUUCAAAAACUUACAGCACUUGGAUUUAUCUGGAAAUCUUUUGAACUCGAUUUCGGCUGAAGUCUUUAGCGGAUUGGAGGUUUCACUCGAGUUUUUGUCUCUCAGCCAGAAUAGGAUUUUAGGAUUCACCGAUCAACAGCUGAAGUUCGUCAGUUUGUGGUUCUUGGAUGUAUCGGGCAAUCAAAUUUCCGAAGUCCCGGUGAACGCGUUUGAAUCGAUACCGAGUCUGUCGCACUUGAAUAUGAGCCACAAUGUGCAUAUGAGCGUACUUCCACAGAGCGUCUUCAAUCAUAAUGACGCUUUGUUAGUAGUGGAUAUAAGCAAUGUCGGAUUAAAAGCGCUGCCUGUUAAUCUUUUCUCGAAAAAUCGUAAUUUAGAACGAAUCUAUUUAUCGUAUAACAAUCUACAAGAAAUUUCCGAGGGAACUUUUAAGAAUCUGAAAAACCUGACUCAUCUCGAUUUGUCGUACAAUAACAUAGUUACAAUAAGACCGCCGGCCUUUGUCAACGUUAUGUCCAUUCAAUACUUAUCGCUUAAGGGAAAUCAACUGAAUGCGUUCAAGGGAGAGUUCUUUAACACCGGAACUAGUUUAGAGGUAAUAGAUAUUUCUGAUAACCAACUCAGCUAUCUGUUCCCCUCUUCGUUUAAAAUACAUCCGCGUUUAAGAGAAAUUAUUCUAACAAACAACAAGUUCAACUUCUUCCCCUCCGAACUUAUAAGUACUUUACAAUAUUUGGAAUCGGUUGACUUAUCUGGGAACGCUCUGAAAAACGUCGAUGAGCUAGACUUUGCACGACUUCCGAAGUUGAGAACUAUUCUAUUAGCUCGUAACGAAAUUGAAACAGUGAGUGAAAUGGCUUUCCACAAUUCAAGUCAAAUACAACAUCUAGAUUUAUCCUACAAUAAAAUAGAUAGAUUAGGUGACCGACUUUUUGAGGGGCUUAUAAGACUUGAGAUGUUGAACUUGGCUGGAAAUCUGUUAUUUGAACUUCCGGAUAACAUUUUCGAUAGAUCGAGGUUGCACAUGCUAGAAAGUAUUAUACUGAGUCAUAAUAUAUUUGAACAACCUCCUUUGAAGGCCUUGCAAAAGCAAUAUUUCUUCGUCUCUUCUGUUGACUUGUCUAAUAAUAAUAUUGUCGACAUUCCAGCUGAAGACAGUGUAAUGGUAAACAUUAAGAAACUAGAUUUGUCAUUCAAUCCACUGUCUGAGAAAUCUGUUUUAAGCGUUAUGACUGAACCAAAAACAGUUAGAGAUCUUAAUCUCGCGGGCACCGGAAUGAAAACUGUGAGUCAACUAGAAACACCAUUUUUAUACAGAUUGAAUAUAUCCUACAACAAUAUUACAAAAUUAUCGGAAAAGACAUUUAUGCGAACGACAUUGUUAGAAUCUUUGGAUUUAUCCCACAACCAAAUAACGGAUAUAACUAAUUCACUGUCAAUAUCGUGGCCAAAACUCAAAAAUUUACAAAUGUUAAAUAUUUCUGAUAAUCCAGUAACCGUUAUUUUAGAAGGAAACUUCGACGGGUUGUCGUCGUUGCGCAUUCUAGACAUUAGGAAUAUGGAGAAAUGUACGAAGAUCGAAAAGAAUGCGUUCAGGUCGUUAUCUAAUUUAGUUGAACUUCGAGCAUAUGGUUAUCCACGUUUGGGAUACUUCGACGUACAGGGAGCCUUACAAUACUUUUUAGCUCUGGAAAAACUCGAUGUCGAAUUUAAGGACACUAACAUCGGCGCUGAUCAGCUGCAUUCAACUUUACAUCCACGUUUGGAAGAAUUGGGUAUAAGAGGAUCUCGUCUUAAGACGGUAUCAUCAGGAGUGUUGGCUGGUUUAAAAGCACCAGCGAUAACAGUUAGAUUCCGAAACACAUCUAUGUCGAAUCUUCCGCCCGCUUUGUUAUUCCCGUUGCCAAGGUCGUCUCGCGUAACUAUAGAUAUCAGUGGUAGCCAGCUUAAUACAAUACAACCACAAUUAUUAGUUGCACUUGACGAUCGGCGUGCUGAUCUAUCUAUGUUCGGUUUAGACACAAAUCCAAUUAAAUGUGAUUGUAAUGCAAGAGCCCUACGCAGGUGGCUCCCAACUGUGGGCGUGGAAGAUGUAAGAUGUGAUUCUCCAGAUCACCUAUCAGGAUUUUUAUUAGUUGAAAUAGGUGAUGAUGAGCUAUCUUGUGACACGAGGAGACGAACAACCGCCACUUCAUCAUCCAGUUCUAGCGUUUCAACAACAUAUCCGCCGCGUCUGCAUCGAACCUCACUUGAGCCUGAUAUUAUUUGGUCCGUCGCGCCGUCACACGAAAGGCCAAAGGUCACGGGAGAACCUAAAGGUGCGCCAGUUCUCGGAGUCGCUUCGAGUAAUGAUGACAAUUUGAUCAUCGGUAUUGUAGGUGGCGUAGUAGCUUUCAUAGCUAUAUUGAUAAUCGCAAUAUGUAUAGUGCGUUUGCGCAUGACAAGUACGUCGUAUAGGGGUGGUCCGUUGGCUAACAGCCCCGGGGCUGGAGCAGCUCCUUUAUGGGGACCAGCGUGGCCCGGGUACGCUGGGACUUUACCUCCACCAUCGCUAUCAACAGCGACGUUGCCCCACAAAGUGCAAACCGGACCGGGUUCAGUCCGAUAUCUUGCCCCUCCACCGCCCGCGCCAUAUUUCAUAAGCUUGCCCCCCCACGAAGAUAAGAUUUACCGGUAA